AAUACCACCUUGUAGCUGUGCGUGACAUAUAUGUACCGGGUGGUCGCGCCCACAUUAUGUUUAAACCUUGAGGUAUAAUACACUGCAAUACACCAACAUUCAAAGGACAGAUAUUGAUCAACAAAACAGGUUAACGUGGAGGGAAACUUACAGGUUUUAUUUGAUGUGUAUGUUUCAAAACCGGAAGGAAUACGAGCUUUUAUGACUAUGAUUAUCCACGCCAGAUUCGAGGUUUAAAACCAAGCUGCCAAACUGACGCCAGGAGAUGUCAGGAAAACUAGACAUGAGAGAGGAUUACGUGAAUUCAUUUUUCAGCGGACUGAAGAGGUUGUGGAUUAAUGGAGACCAUAGUGACGUCACAAUACAAGUUCAGAACGAGACAUUUCACUGCCAUAAGACGGUCUUAGCGACUAUGUCGUCAUAUUUUGAUUCGAUGUUCGGGUCGGGGAUGCGGGAAUGUGUGACGGGGACAGUUAAUAUUGAAGACAUGAAUCCUUCUGCUUUCAAGAAAGCUUUGAGUUUUAUCUAUACUGGAGAGAUAGACUUGGACGUCGAAUCUGCCAUUACUCUAUUACAUACAUCAGCUUUCCUGCAGAUAAAAUCGUUGCAAAAGCUUUGUGAGACGUACCUUAAGCCGCAUGUAAACGUGGACAAUUGUAUUCAUUUGUGGAAAGUUUCAGUUCUUCACAACUGCCAUCUAAUUAAAGCAACAGCAUUCCGAAAAAUUCUUGACACCUUUCCAGAAGUUUCCAAAUCAGAGGAGUUCUAUCAAUUAGAUGAGAGAGAAAUACUGGAAAUCAUAAGUCAAGAAAAUUUGAAUGUAUCUUCAGAAGAAGACCUUUGUGCUAUCAUUUUUGAUUGGUUAUCCCAUAACAAAGGCAGGGGUAAUAUUGUGAAAUUCUUGCAAGAAGUGAGAUUAGCAUUUGUGAGGCCAGAAUUUCUUGUCAAAUUAGAACUGAGGCCAGAGAUAAAGAAAAACCCGGAGUGCUUGGAAAUUAUCAACAACGUCAAGUACUAUCAUCUUCUUCCGGCAAGACAACACGAGAUGGCAAACAAAGCUAUGCGCCUGCGAGCAACGUCACGACUUGAAAACGUCAUAGUCGUCCUGGGAGGAUGUGAAGCAACAAAACCGCCAUAUACGAGAACAACAUCGACGUACUGUUACAGUUUCCGGCAGCAGACGUGGUUUAAAUUAGCUCCCCUUCCUUACGACCCAGGAAUUGAAUUUGCCGCCGUGACGUAUCACAACGAUAUUUACAUCACAGGAGGAGGAAUGAAACAAAACAGCUUCCUGUGGUACAACGUCACUCAGAACGUCUGGUCAGAGUUACCUUCCUUGAUCAAUGGUCGACGGAGACAUGCAAGUGUUGCGGUAACUGAUGCAAUUUACGUUCUUGGAGGGUACGAUAGCGACGGCGGGGCGGGGAAUCAAAUGCUCAAAAGUGUGGAAAAAUACGUCAUAUCAGAACGUCGCUGGGAACCAGAUGGGGAGCUUGUCCUUGCUUUGAGCUGUUUUGCCGCCAUUGUCCGAAAUGAUAAAAUAUACACCUUUGGAGGAGAAGAAAAUACCAGAACAGAUACUUCCGCCAUUCAGUGUUACGACAUGAAAACGAAAACAAGCGUUCUCUUGACCGUAAAGAUUCCGAUGGCUUGUAAGUUAACAAGAUCAUGCGUUUUCAAUGAUCGAAUGUUUCUUAUCAUUUACGAUGGGCGCAUCAUCGAGUAUUUUGAGGAGACAGAAUCGUCCAAGGCUUCCUGUAAGUUUGUCACGCGUUUUGACAAUUUUCAAAGAACUCAUUUUGGAGUUGUUGAACAUAACGGAAACGUGGUAAUCGUAGGAGGUGUAAUCGAGAAUAAGAAACCCUGCAAGGACUUCUUGCAAUUCAAUUCGAACACGACGAAGUGUUCAGUGUUAGAUGAUGUCCUAUUUACUCCCCGACUGGUCGAUGGUUGUGUAAAAAUUAACAUUGCCAAGGAUCAUUUAGUGCCAUUGAAUGUAGAUUCCACCUGCUAGAAACAGGGGAUUCAAAUGUUUGACUUACACUGUAUGUUUGCUUUAUCGUAUGUGCAAUUUAAUGUUUUGUAAUCAAGUCUUAUCAAAAUCAAAUUUAACUGAUUGAAGGUCGCAAAAGAUUUAAUCUUAUCAUCAGCAAGUUUAUGGCUGUGUUCUUUAUAUUAUACAUUUGAUGAUGAUAUGAGAGAGAGAGAGAGAGAGAGAGAGAGAGAGAGAGAGAGAGAGAGAGAGAGUUAAAUAGAACGCUUGAGUUUUCUUACUGAUUUAAUCAUAACAUUUCAAAUGCGCCAUGUCAGUCAUUCAAAAAGUAUUCUCAUACUCUUUUCUUCACUAUAAUUUGAAAUAUUAAUAAAAAAAGGGAAAAUAUGCAGUUCCAUCAUGGUUUAGUUGUUGUUGAAUGAGACAAAAAUUAUCUGAUUAAAAGAUAUGAUUAAGUUUGUUCAACGUUGCAUAUAACCUGUCUUUUUACAGUAAUAUUUCUUAUAAUGGAAAGUUUUUUUUGCUUUUCCUUUACAAACUGCGUAAAAGGUGUAAACGCAGAAAUAUCCACUAUUUCUUUUUUGUUAAACAGAAGAAA